AUUUCCUCAAAGUAUUUCACACAGCCAAGUUUGAAACAACUUCUUCUUCGGUUUUUAUAUUUCCCUAUUAAAGAUGUGGAGCGUUCAAGACCUGUUGUUCAUCCUCUGCAUUGUUCUCAGUUAUGUGACCAGAGCAGCAGGAGUGAUCCAUGUGUUUGGAUAUGUGGGCAGAGAUGUUAAGGUUUCCUGCUCCUAUGGUCAGGGUUAUGAGUCUCAUGAGAAGUACCUGUGCAAGAACGACUGUGGCAGCAGUGAUGUUCUUAUUACGACAUCACAAACGAACAAGAACAAAUACUCCACCUAUGAUGACAAACAGAAACGAAGCUUCACAGUGACCAUCUCUGAUCUUCAGUCUGUGGAUGCUGGGAAAUACUGGUGUGGGGUGACGAGGACUGGAAAAGAUAUCUACACUGAAGUAAAACUGGAACUAGGACAAGACACUUGCUGUGACAAAGUGGAUAAAAGGGAGAGUUAUGAGGAAGAUUCAGUGUCCAUCAUUUGUCCGUAUGAGUUGGAGUACCAGAACAACCUGAAGUUCAUCUGCAGAGGAAACCAGCCCUCCACAUGUCUGCAGCAGGCAGUCAUCACCUCUGACAGAAAACAAAAUGGACGCUUCACACUCACUGAGGACAAGGAGUCAAGAAGAUUCACAGUGAACAUUAACAAGCUGACCCAAGAGGAUUCUGGGUGGUAUCUUUGUGGUGUCCAUAGAAACACUGGACUGGAUGUUUUCUCUGCUGUUGAGCUGGAGGUCAAAGUGUGGUGUUGUGUGAAGACACUUGCUAUGAGUGGUACUGUGACACGUCCAGUCACUCUGCAGUGUCCUUAUCCACCACAUCACCAGAAUAACAGGAAGUUCCUCUGUAAGGGAGACCACCGCAACAACUGCACAGACGUGUUGACCAGUGGAAGCAGGUUCAAACUGCAAGGUGGUGUUUCUCUCAGCUCCUUCUCUGUGAUGAUCACAAACCUGGAAGCAGGUGAUGCUGGGAUGUACUGGUGUGGUUCAGACUCACAGUGGAGAGCUGGAAACUACACCAGGAUUCAUCUGUCAGUGGUCUUUCUGGGAAUCACAACUCUAAACCCAACCUUCGCUGUGGAAACCACAGUCAGUCCCACAAACAAAACUAAUUCAACAAACUCUGCUAGUAAAGUACUUGAAGGCGGAGCUCUCUAUGUGGUUGCCAUUGUACCUGCUGUGCUGCUCAUACUAAUAGUGGCCCUGAUCAUAGUUUAUAAGCAGAAAUGUCACAAAGUACAAGAAACUGGAGUGGGCAUCACCAGACACUGUGAGGCAGCAGGAGAACCCAAAGGUUCAGAAGAGAUUUAUGCCAAUGAAGAAACUGUCGGGUUCUCAAAGCAGACGACCUCUAAACUGCAGGACGCCUGUAACGUCUACGGCAACGCAUAUGACGACCAACCAGACUACGAAAACUUCAUAGCAACAGAAGAAAUCUACUGUAAUGAAAAUUUCCACGUGUCUAAUCGCAAGUGAAUAUUGAAAUGUGUGUGUGAAUGGCUUUUUCUCAGUUACACAUUUGCUAAUGCCUAGUGGUGUUUAUUGUUAAUAAUGCCAUCUACACUCCCUGUUUUAAAUUGUGGGUAAGAACUUUACUUUACAAAUACUCAAAAUGUAAGUGACCUUCUUGUAUAUAAAGUGAGUAACUGAUACAAAUAAAGACAUUCAGAAAGAGAAAUUGAAAGCAAUAAGGACAUUUAUCCAUGUGGUGUAGUUCACUACACAUGUGUAGUAAUGUAUAUGACAGUUUCCUAUGCUUUAUACUUUUUACUGCCCUACAUGUUUCUAACAGAUCCACUAACUGGAAUUGUUUUCAUAUGGUCUAAUUGGGCCUCCAAGUCAUGUGUCAACGUCCAACAUAGCAUUGCAAUAGUUUAUAAUAAUAAAGCCCUCACAGGGGACUGAGAUUGAGUAUUUUUUACUAACUAACGGAAGUACGGGCCCAUUACCUCAGUACCUUUAAUUAUUCUAUGAUUAAUUGGAAACUUGGACAUCAUAUGUGCAGUUAGCACAUUACUUACCUUGACCUUUGACCUUUGAUGAGAACUUUGUAAUUUCAUCAUUGAGUCUAAGUGAAUAUUUGAACCAUAUUCGAAGACAUUCUUUAACCCCUUUAAUAUAUUGGGCUACAUAAAUAAAUUAGAAAAGAAAAGGAAAAGAAAUGAAUGUUUUACUAAUUGCUUCAUUUAAUAAGCAAAUCGUAUGUAUGGUUUUGUCCGGUUCCAAUUUUUCCCAUGUUUUUCUGUACCCUGCAUGCAUCAGAUCAGAUCAGCCAAUCAAAAAACCAAAAACGGUAAACACAGAAAUCGUAACGGUGAUUAAAAGUACAACGCAGGCGACGCAAAUUAUAAAUGUAAAACAAUGUGUGUUUUAUUUGUGGAAUUUAAACAAAUUAUGAAUGUAAAACAAUGUGUGUUCCAUUCCCCAAAGUCAUUUGGUCCAGAAAGCCUCUGUGUCGGCACCAAUGGUCGGCAAUGACACAGAGGCUGACUCGCGACCUGCAGUGAACUGGUGAUUCACUUGGUGAACGAAUCACUAACUGAUCCAUUCUCCAUUUGGUGCAAUAUAAGCUUAAGACCCAACACUAAGAGAUGUGUUUACAGCCUUUCAAAUAAACAAAGUAUAGGCUUUGCGACUGUCUAUGCUUUAUUCCAAUGAAAUGAAUACAAAAAAUUAUGAAAGUGGAAAAUAAAUAUAGCAAAAGCACUGUUGUAUAUUUUAAUAUAUUAACACGAAGUAAAGCUGGAACUAGAACAAGGUAAAUAAAAAAGUGUUUCCACAGUUUACACAUAUAAAACAUGUAAGAUUGAUCAACAAUGAGCUUGUGUCAUGUGGUUUUAUUUCUUC